AUCAAUAUUUACGGAAGUGUUGCCUCGUCCUGACCUGAAGUCAUUUCUCUGUCUCAGUCGUUUUGUGUCGUUUAAUGUAAUUGUUUUUAAAUAUAACUCGGUGUCACUCGUCACAGGGGCAGAUGUUGCUUCAACUCUGACUGAGCUUUACAGUAACGUGUGCUAACCUGUUAGCUAACAAACUGUAACAGGAACAACUGACGUUAGCUAACGUUAACGUUAGCAUGUUACCGCAGAGCCAGCGAUAACUGCCCUUCAGUUACUCUGCUGCGGUUCGUGGUCUUGUCGUUGUCGGUCCGGGUGUGUGGUGGUCGUUUGGAGUCGUUUUGAUUCAUCCGGUAUUUAUUCUGCUCCCGUUUCCGUAACCGUUAACGGAAGCUAACCGUUAGCCUGUUAGCCAAACGCUAGCACGAUGGGAGCCGAACAGAGCGGAGACUCGGAGCACAAACACUCGGACUACAGCUCAUCAGUGGUGCCCUCCCCGGCAAAGCAGAAAGCAAAGAUGGAUGAUAUCGUGGUCGUGGCUCCGGGGACACAAUCAAUGAGAAAUAUCCACAACGACCCAGACGUCAUCAAACUCCAGGAGAUACCCACAUUUCAGCCGCUGUUAAAAGGAGUGCUGAGUGGCCAGACGUCACCCAGCAGUGUGUGUCUAGAGAGGCUGGAUGCCGCCCAGGUUCUGCAGCUCUGCAUUCGCUACCAGGACCACCUCCACCAGUGUGCCGAGGCCGUGGCCUUCGACCAGAACGCACUGGUCAAGAGGAUCAAAGAGAUGGACUUGUCGGUGGAAACUUUGUUCAGCAUCAUGCAGGAGCGCCAGAAACGCUACGCCAAGUAUGCCGAGCAGAUCCAGAAGGUCAACGAGAUGUCCAUGAUCCUGAGACGCAUCCAGAUGGGCAUCGACCAGACGGUGCCGCUGAUGGAGCGCCUCAACAACAUGCUGCCUGAGAGCGAGCGCCUGGAGCCUUUCAGCAUGAGGCCCGACGGCGACUCUGUCACCAAGUAGCCUCCUGAAAGCCGACGCAGCUGCUCCUCCCCUGAGUCUCCACCCAGACCUGCGGCCAGGAGGAAGUGCAGGUCUGUCCAGCUGUAGGGAUUACACAUUAAGGUUUUUGUUUCACAGUAGAGCUGAGGUGUAAAUGUGUCAGACUGAUCUGUGACAGCUCUCUACGUCAAGUCUUUCUAUUCUCUCUGCUGAGCACAUGUCAGCAACAUCAUGUUUGCUGUCACAUCUUAAACUCGUACAUGAAUUUAACCUUCUGCUCCUGGCUGCUCAGAGAAACUGCAGAGGGCCUCUGCAGGGAAUCAAACCAGCAACCCUCCAUUCACACGCUUUCCUCACUAAUCUAAAGGCAGGGGAGGAACAAACACUUCUGAGUCAGAGUGAACUCGAAAUGCUCAAAAACUUCUCCUGCAGAUGUGUUGCAGGUUUUAGAGACUCAGAUGGGACUGAGUGACAAAAAAAACAAACUUGAACUUCCUGUGGGCUGAUUCUGGAUAGUGAACUUCACUUUACAAAUAUUUGUCGCCUGUGAUCCUGAUGUUCAUCUCGCUCUGACGCUACGCGCCUCGCCAACUGUGUGGAGAUCCCUUCAUGAGCUUCCUGCGUGCAGAUUGACUGCUUUUAGUUUUCUGAACAAUAUGAUGCAUCAUUGUAGAAUAUUAUGAAGCAGAGACUCACAGAGAACCAAGACGGAUUACUGCUGUUGGAUACGUUGGGAGUAACAUUGGGAGUAAACUGGGAAACCUCGUCUUGGACAGAAGAUAUUUAAUAUUCUCAUAAACUGAUGAGAAAACUUUAAUUUAUUUGGAUACUCUUGUUAUUUUCAUGUGAAACCAUGAAGAACAUGACACAGAGGAGCGACCAGAGACCCUGACACUUUAGAUUCAGAUCAGUACAGAAGACGGACGCAGAGGAGGACAAAAUCAUUUUAGCAAGUUGCCACACCUGUUCAGGCUUCAGCAUUAUCUAUAUAUGUUUUUAAGCUUUGUCAUCACACGCCAAAGAUUCACACGUCCUCACAGCUGGUUAACAACAUGUAGCACUUUAACAACAGUCGGUCACGUCUUUGGUCUCUGAGGAGAGUGAUCAUGUUAACGUCUCUGCUUCAUCUGUUGAAUAUGUGUUUCUGUGUCUCAUGUUGUGCUCGUCAGGUUUAAAGGGUCAGUUCACCCAAAUUAUUAGGAAAUAAUCUCUCUUACCUGUGAAGGUUUCAGUCUGUGUACAUGGUUUUAGUUUCAUUUCUUCAGGUUUUCUGCCACCACAGCUCAGUGAGAGGUGACUCAAGUUUAUUACACAGCAAUAAAGAAUUACAUGAAUCAACAGCAGCAUCUUUGGAGAAAAGGUUCGUCUGUUACUGAGGAUCAUCCACAAAACAAGUGGUCAACGGUUUUAAUAUAGACUAUUUGUCAAAGGUCCAGUGUGGAGGAUAAAGGAGCAGAAAUUAUAUAUAAUAUUAAUAACCAGUGGCGGCUGAAACACCGACAAAACACCUGUAGCUAGCUCAGAACAUCAGAUUUCAGAGUAGAAUCACCUCUUCUUCAGUAACUUACCCAUCUUCCUACCAGUACACCACCUCAUCCACCACCACUACACCACUGUUAAUAAUUACAUACUACACUAACAGACUGCAGUUUACCUUUAUAGUGUUUGGUGGCAGCAGAAAUCUCAACACCUGUUGAAAUAAAAUCAAACCUGUGGUGCAAAAACAUGGCUGAAUACCUUAAACUGUAAGUGAGAAUUUUUAGUUUUUCUAAUUUGUGUGAACAGACACUUAACGCACCUGAUCCUGGGUCAGUCUGCAGUGUGGCAAUAAAACAUAAGAUGCUUGAAAUAAGGAGAUAAAUGGUGUUGUUAU